AUUCACUACCUACUGUACGGAAAAAGGGAGAAAAAACAAAGAAGUUCUUUCUCUAAUCCUGAUCAAUAUGGGAGAAGCUGGAAAGAAGAUAAGCCUUGUAAAACCCAUUGCGCUUAAACCUUUCUCUUUCAGAGAUGCUGGUCCAUCCUUUCAAGUGUGGGAAGGCCUCUUGAACAAGGGCCUUGGUGAUGCUGAAGGGAGCACAAACCCUAACUUAGACCUCAAACUUGGUGUUGCUGAAGGGAGCACAAACCCUAACUUGGAUCUCAAACUUGGUAAUGCUGAAGGGAGGACAAACCCUAACUUGGAUCUCAAACUUGGCAUUGCUGACAUCUAUUCUGCACAAGCAGCACUCUACCAUUGCAAUAAUCAUACUCUUGAUCAAGCUGAGGAGAAUCUCAUCAAUGGUGGCUUAUUUGCAACUCCUAGUGUUGGUAUUAGUUUCAACACUAACCAAAAUUAUGAAGGCCAAGCAAGUAAACCUGCCUUUGAUCUCAAGAUGCCCAAGAAAACGGAGGAUCCAAGACUAAAGGGGAUAUUGAGAAAUCGAAUUUAUUCAAGGAGAUACAGAAUGAAGAAGAUGCAUUACAUGGACCAUUUGGAAAAGCUAACAAAUGAUCUCGCAAGCUCAACCUGUUUCUACUUUUCAGUUGAAAUCGAAAAGAACAAAGCAGAAGUGAAUAGGCUGAGAGAACUCCAAUUUAAUCAAUUGCAAGCAAAACAAAAUGCAACGCGUAAUUCAGAUGAUGGUUUGCAUGCAGUUAAAGCACAACUAGAUCUCAACUUCUAG